UAGACCUCUAGUGAAAAGUGCAAUAUUUUCCUGUUAGACUUUUAAUUGCGACAUCAAAAUGUGUGAGAACGAGCUCAAAACCAAAGCUGACGCCACUGCACAAAUUGAAGUGAUACCAUGCAAAAUUUGUGGCGAUAAGUCCUCUGGGAUCCACUACGGAGUCAUCACGUGUGAAGGCUGCAAGGGAUUCUUUAGGAGGAGCCAGCAGAACAAUGCCUCGUACUCCUGCCCGAGGCAGAGAAACUGUUUAAUUGACAGAACCAACAGAAACCGUUGCCAGCACUGCCGACUGCAGAAGUGUCUUGCCCUAGGAAUGUCAAGAGAUGCUGUGAAGUUCGGGAGGAUGUCCAAGAAGCAGAGAGACAGCCUGUAUGCCGAGGUGCAGAAGCACCAGCAGCGGCUGCAGGAGCAGCGGCAGCAGCAGGGCGGGGAGGCGGAGGCCCUCGCCCGGGUGUACGGCGGCGGCCUCAGCAACGGCCUCGGCCCCCUGAGCAACGAGGCCAGCGGCACAUACGCCAAUGGGCCCGUCAUCGACCUGCCCAAGUCCGAGGGGUACUACAACGUGGACUCCGGCCAGCCGUCCCCCGAUCAGUCAGGACUUGACAUGACUGGGAUCAAGCAGAUAAAGCAAGAACCUAUCUAUGACCUCACAUCCGUACCCAACCUGUUUACCUAUAGCUCUUUCAACAACGGGCAGUUAGCGCCAGGGAUAACAAUGAGCGAAAUCGAUCGAAUUGCACAGAACAUCAUUAAGUCCCAUUUGGAGACAUGUCAGUACACCAUGGAGGAGCUACACCAGCUGGCCUGGCAGACCCACACCUAUGAAGAAAUUAAAGCGUAUCAAAGCAAGUCCAGGGAAGCACUGUGGCAGCAAUGUGCCAUCCAGAUAACUCACGCCAUCCAGUAUGUGGUAGAGUUUGCAAAGCGAAUAACAGGCUUCAUGGAACUCUGUCAAAAUGAUCAAAUCCUACUUCUUAAGUCAGGUUGCUUGGAAGUGGUUUUAGUAAGAAUGUGUCGUGCCUUCAACCCAUUAAACAACACUGUUCUGUUUGAAGGAAAAUACGGAGGAAUGCAGAUGUUCAAGGCCUUAGGUUCUGAUGACUUAGUGAAUGAAGCAUUUGACUUUGCAAAGAAUUUGUGUUCCUUGCAGCUGACUGAGGAAGAGAUUGCUUUGUUCUCCUCUGCUGUUCUGAUAUCUCCAGACCGAGCCUGGCUGAUAGAACCAAGGAAGGUCCAGAAGCUUCAGGAAAAAAUUUAUUUUGCACUUCAACAUGUGAUUCAGAAGAAUCACCUGGAUGAUGAGACCUUGGCGAAGCUAAUAGCCAAGAUACCAACCAUCACAGCAGUUUGCAACUUGCACGGGGAGAAGCUGCAGGUAUUUAAGCAAUCGCAUCCAGACAUAGUGAAUACACUCUUUCCUCCGUUGUACAAGGAGCUCUUUAAUCCUGACUGUGCCACCGUCUGCAAAUGAAGGCGACAAGCGAACUGUCUCAUAGUCGUGGAAUGCAUCACCAUUAAGACAAAAGCAAUGUGUUCAUGAAGACUUAAGGAAAAUGUCACUACUGCAACAUUAGGAAUGUCCUGCACUUAAUAGAAUUAUUUUUCACCGCUACAGUUUGAAGAAUGUAAAUAUGCACCUGAGUGGGGCUCUUUUAUUUGUUUGUUUGUUUUUGAAAUGACCAUAAAUAUACAAAUAUAGGACACUGGGUGUUAUCUUUUUUUAAUUUUAUUCAGGUAUGUUUGGGGAAACAACUGUUUAUAGAAUUUUAUUGUAGAUAUAUACAAGAACAGAGCAGUACUUUACAUGAUUACUUUUCCUGUUGAUUGUUCAAAUAUAAUUUAAGAAAAUUCCACUUAA